AUGACUACAACACGACACCACGACGAAGCAGACCAAAUCAUCAAUCAAUUAGCUGCUCUUGCAGCUACCGUGAGCAACACAUCGAGCAAUAGCGCCCUAUCAUCAGUGGCUGCCGCCAUAGCAGAGCCCCCAUCAGCAGCACCCGAACUUAAGCUGGAACAACCAGAAGAAAAAGAGGAGGAGGAGGAGGAGGAAGAGGAAGAAUCAUUCUACCAUCUUCGGAGUCUGAUAACAGUCUCCUGCUUGCCACAGCAUACGCCAGGCCAUACACCAACUCCCUCAGCCUCGACACUAGGCUCUAAAUCAGGAAUCUUUGAUCGGAAGAGAGCCUCGUCGAUUCUGAGUCUACAUCUUGGCGAUCUCCCAAGUUUGCCAUUUUCCUCGAAAGAAAAACUCCCGUGCAAGCCUUGCGUGAGAUAUACUACUCUUCCUCCGCCAUAUGUGCACAAGAGGCUUGUUAUUCGGCCUGAGGUGCGUUUCUAG